AUGAUCUGGUUGCCCGUGUUGUCUGUGUCUCUUACUUUGUUGCGAUCAAUCGAUGCUGGACGGGCGGACUCUAUCGAUACGUGCCCGUCGGACGGUUGCAGUGUUACCCACACGAUGGCAGAGGUCGGCGGCUCCUACAAAGACUCCCUCACUCAGGAACAGAAGGAUGAACUGAGAGCAAUCGCUGAGAAGAUCGUUGCUGAUGGAAAAGGAAUUCUCGCUGCUGAUGAGUCCACUGGCACCAUUGGAAAACGACUCUCUGCCAUCAACCUCGAAAACAAUGAGACCAAUAGGCAGAAAUACAGACAGCUCCUCUUCACAACACCGAACAUUGGUGAGCACAUCUCUGGAGUAAUCCUUUUCGAAGAGACAUUCCAUCAGUCGACUGAUAAAGGAGAGAAGUUUGUUGAUCUGCUCAACAAGCAAGGAGUCAUCCCUGGAAUUAAACUUGAUCUCGGUGUCGUCCCAUUGGCUGGAACUCUUGGAGAGACAACCACCCAGGGUCUUGACAACCUCGCCCAAAGGGCCGCUGCAUUCAAGAAGGGAGGAUGUGGUUUCGCCAAAUGGCGUUGUGUUUUGAACAUUGGACCUCACACUCCGUCGCACUUGGGAAUGCUGGAAAAUGCCAACGUUUUGGCCAGAUACGCAACGAUCUGCCAAGCUAAUGGUCUUGUCCCAAUUGUCGAGCCUGAAGUCCUGUGUGAUGGUGAUCACGACAUUCACCGCGCUCAAAAGGUCACAGAGCAGGUGUUGGCCUACGUUUACAAGGCGUUGGCUGACCAUCACGUGUAUCUCGAAGGUACUCUGUUGAAGCCAAACAUGGUCACUCCUGGACAGGACUGUCCGCAUAAGGUCAGCCAUGAAGAAAUCGGUUUGGCCACAGUCACAGCUCUUCGCCGAGGAGUCCCAGCUGCUGUGCCUGGUAUCACGUUCCUUUCUGGCGGACAAUCGGAGUUGGACGCAACCGCUAACCUCCAUGCUAUCAACACGGCGAAGCCGCUGAAGCCGUGGAAACUUACCUUCUCUUAUGGCCGUGCCCUGCAGGCCUCUGUAUUGAAGGCAUGGCAAGGCAAGGACGAAAACGUUGAGGCAGCUCAGAAGGUCUUCCUGCACAGAGCAAAGGCUAAUGGAAUGGCUGCUAUGGGAAAGUAUGAAGGAGAAGAUGCCGCCGGUGCUGCUGCAGAGUCUCUCUUCAUUGCAAAGCAUGCCUAUUGA